AUGAGCAGUGAAAAUGGGAACACGCUUAAAAAAGACGACUGCUCCUACGUGUGGAACAUCGCCGACGAGGAGAGAUGCGAGUUCGUGAAGACCAUGGACGACUGCGCGGUCGACUCGUUUCUGCCCUAUCCCACCUGGCUGUUCUGCUACUUCGGCACCCAGAACAUGCUCUGGUUCUAUCUCGGCCUCCUGGCUCUGUUCUGCUGGCUGCUCUAUCUCUUUCUCAUACUCGGGACAACGUCGGAUAAUUUGUACGCAAACAGCUUCUGCCCGUCGUUGUCCGUGAUAGCCGCGGUGCUCCGAUUGUCCGAGAACAUAGCCGGCGUGACGAUUCUGGCCUUCGGCAACGGCGCGCCGGACAUAUUCACGUCGCUGGUGUCGAACGAGGGCGAGCGCCUCAUCAUGUUCACGGAGCUGAUCGGCGCCGGGGUCUUCGUCACGGCCAUCAUCGCCGGCUCCGUGGCCGUGUUCGCGCCCUUUCGCCUCGUGCCCAAGUACUUUUUGCGCGACGCGCUGUUCUACACGCUCACCGCCGCCUGGAUCUGCUACAUCAUCGCCGAUCACUGGAUUUAUCUGUGGGAGGCCGUCGGUUGCAUUCUCCUCUACGUGCUCUUCAUAAUCGUGGUGGUGGUGAUGCAGAGUCUGGAAAGUAACGAGAGCGACGGUGGCCAGCGAAUGCCAACUCUGAGGGACGCGGACGUGCUGCUGGCCUUCGUGGAAAAUCGCAACGUCGAUGUCAACGUACCGCCGCAGUUACCAAAGAGAUCCCGAGCUUACGAUAUUCACGCCAAACUAGACGUCGCAAUCAGUCGUGAAAUAAUCCGUGGACGCACGAAAUCUGCUGACGACGGCGCCAACGACGAGGAGGAGGCCCCUGAAAAAUCGUCGUCCGCGUCCAGCCGGCCGAGGGGUCUCUUUCGCGAAUUUCUCUACGACGUGAAUCCAAUAAACGCGAUCGACUGGAAGGAGUCCGGCUGGCUGGUGAGAAUUCUGCUGGUGCUGCGCUCGCCUUUCAUGUUUGUCCUUCAGCUGCUCGUGCCGGUCGUCAACGAGACCGCCGAGAAGCGCGGCUGGUCCAAGCUGCUCAACUGCCUCCAGAUAUCCUUCACGCUCAGCGUCGCCAUCGCGCUACUGGGAUACACGAAGACGCGGGUCGGUCCGGUGCCUCUGGUGGCCGUAACCGCUUGCUGCAUGCUCGUGCUCGCCGUCACGGUCUUCGUCUUCACCUCGGUCGAUCGAGUACCCAAGGGACACAACUUAUUGGCGUUCGCGGGAUUCCUGGUGGCGAUGCUGGUGGUCUACCUGAUGGCCAAAGAGGUGAUGUCGGUGCUGCAGUGUAUCGGCUUCGCGAGCGGCAUCUCCGAUGCUAUGCUCGGCAUCACUCUUCUCGCUUGGGGCAACAGCGUCGGUGAUCUCAUAUCGAACGUGACGAUCGCUCGGCGGGGCUUUCCGCGGAUGGGCUUCUCCGCGUGCUUCGGCGGGCCCAUGUUCAACACGCUGAUGGGCCUUGGACUCACCUACGGACUGGCCGUGGCCAAGGAGCCCGAGCUCAAGAUCAAGAUACGCACCUCGCACAUGGCCAUGGGCUGUCUGGCCUUUCUGCUGAGCUCGCUGACGGCGUCGCUGAUCUAUCUCACGAUAACGGGCUUCGCCGCGCGCAGGAGCUACGGAUUUCUCCUCUACACCGUCUACGCGGUCUUCAUGACCAUCAAUCUGCUGAGCGAAGGCCACGUCAUUCAUCCCCUGGGGGUGGAUCAUCGGCCAUAA